AUGAAGACUAGUCUUAAAAACGCCUCAAAUCCCUACAACUUGAAGAACUUUGAGGACUUUUUAAGCUUCGACCACGCCAACCACUCUUUUGACAACAAUGAGGAGGCCGACUUUCUACUUUCUAAUAUAAGCUCGCCGACCGCAGGCCUGAACCAGCUUCCCAACGGACUUCACCAGACUUUAAGUGGCGUCCAGCCUCCCAAUCUUUUGAACAUGAGUCGUUUCGAAGGUUGGACAAAUCAACCCUUCAGUUUUUCCAAUGAAGAUAACUACGACAACACCAACGAUGUAUUACUCAAGUACCUCAAUAGAGGCGAAUCUCAAAAAAACUAUAGUACCUUUGACGACUAUAAAGUCCUAGAUUAUCUCAUUGGGGACAAGAAUAAAAAUGAUUACAAAGCCGACAAUUCUAGUGACUCAAGGUCUAAGGAUGGCUACUUUAACUUUGACGAGCUUGCUCAGCUGUGUGACAACAUGAUGAGGAGUGACAAGUCUCCUCCUUCAGAGCCUCUCAAGAAGAUGGACUUUCCUAGUAGGGCUGACUUCCGCUCCAACUUCGAGCGACGCUACUCUCACUUAGACCAUUACAUCCGUGAGGGUUCUGGGACGAUUUUGAAGAUUCUUGAGGCCAGUCAGCUUUGGAUAAAUCACACGAGUGCUGAGAAGGUUCCCAUCAGGCUGCGUAAACAGUUUACCAAGAAUGACAACUUUGUUGUUUUAAUCAGGAAGCAGCCUUUUAACUGA